AUGAUGGAUGAAGCAGAGUCUCCAACCCCUUCAAUUUCUGUAGCGUCGCCAGAUGGUCUCGCCAGGUUUCAUGAAGCUGUAGUGGAUCACACCUUUAGCACACCACAACACAGCCACAAUGUUCUUCUUCGGGCGCAUUUUCCGCUUCGGGACAUGCUUAUGAACUUCAUCCUUGUCCAUCCAUUGAGCAAGACACUUCCUGUUGUCGUAAAGGACCCAUUUCUCAUCGCAUGUAACGAUACGAUCGAGAAAUGGACCGUUCUUGUUGCGCAACAGAAGAUUGAGAAGUUCCGUUUUGAAAUCUCCUCAACAGAAGUUGAUGAGAUUUCAGAAAGGCGAUUUCUUAGGGACUCGCUCAGUUCAUGCGGCACCACUUGUUCAACGUUUUAA